CUCUCGUGCGAGACAGACGUGCAUAACGCAAUAAAGAUAUUUUACUCGAUCCAAAACCAAAAUCCAAACCAACUGAAACUUUGGCGCGACUUUUCGCGAAGUGAACGAGCUGAAAGCCAAGCGAAAUUAAAUGUGAAAAACCAGUGUGCAUGGCAGGCGGCAGAGAAAGAGAGAAAUAAGGUGCAUAUGUGCAGCAAGUGUAACGAUACCCAAUACCCGCGCUAAAGCUGUAGAAAAAAUAAUAAAAACACAAAAGAAACAACAACAAAUAAUACCCCUUAGUGGCCAGCAGCCAUGUCUACGAAACUGGAGCAGCAGCACUCGAAGCCCAUUCUGAGUCCAACUCGAUCCCUGGACGAAGGUUUCGAAAGUGAUCCGGAUCGGGUUUCCACCGAUUCGGAGCAUCAGACAAGUGGAACCACUAACACCAGCACUUGCAACAACAGCAAUGCAGCCAUUACGGCCAGUAACAACAAUGCCAGUAAGCUGGCGCAGCUUAGUUCGGCGGCCACUGGGGGCGCAACCAAGACGACAUCCGGAGCUACUGCAUCCAGCCCUUCAAUGGUGAACUCCGGAAAUGUCAGGGGCGUACUCACUUUGGCCGCCCCCCAGUUGCAGAGGCGGGAGUUUUUUGCCAAGGAUCAGGGGAAACUAAGGCACCAGGCACCCCCACAACAGCCACGCCUCCAGUACCAAAAACAACGACAACCUCUGGUUCCCAGUGCCGCCUCCAGUGUCCACAAUCACCGGUUAACUGCGUCGAUGCAGCAGGGAUCUUCGGGAUUGGGAAAUAGCUUGGGAACCGGAACUGGAACUGGAACUGCAAACUACCGGCGCGGACGCCGGCUCCACAUGAAUCCCCCUCGAAACGGAAUUAGAUCCCAUUCGGUGGACGCCAUUUCGCGGCACAAUCGCCAUGGCUACGAUCCCAGUAGCUUAAUCCUGAAACACGAUGGAAAUGGCAAUAUAAGCAGCAGCAAUGCCGGUGCCACCACCACCCGCAUGCUCAACUACAAGUCGCCGGGCGGAGGCACUACAGCCGGGGCCCCGGCAGCCGGACAGGCUCUACUCGUCCAGCCGAUUUCUAGUGCCACCCUAUCUCCACUCGUGGCAGCCGGCGUGGUCGAUGUGGUCGAGGGCGGUGGCUCCUCGCCGGUCAUCGCGUCGGCCACCCACAGCCUGUACACCUUCUAUCCGGCGGAAGGGAAUCUCCAGGUUUGGCAGACGGAGUGCGGCGACCUCACCUACAAGUCCUCCCGAAAUAUGCACCAGCUCCACAAGGCACCCGUGUGCUGGACGCAGUCCAUUCCCAGGCAGGCCAGAAGAUACAUAACUCCGGCAGCAGCCGCUAGUGCAACGGCAACCUCAUCAACCUCAGCGGCAGGAGGCGUGGGUGGCACCAAUCUGGCUGUUUAUCCCACGGCCACCGCCCAGGUUUAUCGCUCGAGCAACGGCCUGGAUGUUCUGGACUGCGCUGGACUGGAGCACCACAACACGGCCAACACUUCCGGUCACUCAGGCAGCGGCUUCUCCCAGCGCCUCAGGGAACUGGCCGCCUCCGCCGGACUGCUCUCCCUGAAGCCCCGCCAGCCCCUCAAGCCGGUGAUCAAGACGCGUGGCUCCCCCGGACCGGAGUUUCCCAAGAAGGUCACCUUUAGCGCCUUUGCCACCGUGCAGGUGGUGUGAAGGGCGUGAACAGUGGGUCUAGCAUCUGUAGCAUCUGUGCAGGCACAGAGCAAGUUUCGUCUUGCACUUGUUAACGAUUAUUUGUUGUUGUUUUUAUAUUUGUUGCUGUUGUUAAAUGUUUAGCCAAAACUAUGGGAACCAUAUACGGAAAUAAAUUCCUUAAAAUUAAAAAAAAAAAAAAAACAUAGUAAAUUUUUGUGCCAUGUCUGUGGCUUAAAAGAAAAAUAAAACCAUAUAGAAAUGACUAAUACACCCCAUAGCUGAAGAAAAUACCUCAAGGAUCCAAAAUAUCUACCCUCCUUUAUCUAAUCUAAUCUACUUUUCUGUACAUUUUUCGUUGGUAGACUGACAUUUCAAUACGUUUUCUAUAAGUUCCUCACCCUCUACUAAAACAGUAUUUUCCAUAUUUCCUCAUCUUUCGAAAAUUUUCCUCGCCAAAACACCCGAAAAUAAUUGUAUAAUAUAACGACUGCAAGCGCAGAAAUUCUAAAUAUUUACUAUUAAAUUGUAAAUAUGUAUGAAUUUUUGCUUAUAACAUUUAAACAGCAAAUAUAGUCAUAAAUAUAUGUAUUCAUGUAAUAUGUAAGUCUGUUUUGUGUAUGUGUGUAUAUAUAUAAACCAUGAUUUUGCAUUGAUAAUUAUA